GACUCGAACUCGCCGCCUCCUCCUCCUCCUCCGCGCCGCCGCCGCCGCCGCCUCCCCUCCUCGGACUCUUACCAACACACCGGUCCGGUGUGUCCCCUCCCCUCCCAAGCCGCCUUCCGCCGCCGAGUCUCCCCUGUCCGCUCCCUCGCCAACGAACACCGGCGGCGACGGUGUCCUCACGAACUCAGAUGUCUUUUGAUGCCACAACAAAGGAUUACCUCUGCUUUCUUCGGCGGGGCUGCCGCUGUCGCUUCUUCUGGUGCUCAAUAACAUCUCGGCAUUGGAUUUGAUAGUCACUGAAGUUCCCCUAAUGGAAAUGGCGCCACUCCCUCCUGGAUACCGGUUCCAACCGACCGAUGCUGAACUCAUCCUCUACUAUCUAAAGAGGAAGAUACUGGGUAAAAAGUUGCGCCGCAAUCCUGUUACAGAAAUCGAUAUCUACCAAUUCGCCCCCUGGGAUCUUCCAGGGAAAUCUUCAAUGCCAACUGGGGAUCUUCAGUGGUAUUUCUUUUGUACUUGCGGUCGGAAGUACCCUACCGGGUCAAGAACUAACCGGUCAAACCAAGCUGGGCACUGGAAAGCUACUGGAAAGGACAGGAAGGUGGUGUGUAAUUCUCGGACUGUUGGGAUGAAGAGGACCUUGGUGUUUCAUGCUGGCAAGGGACGCAAGGAGAAAAGAACUGACUGGGUCAUGCAUGAAUAUAGGCUGGUCGAAAGCGAAGUACCUAAUGCUGGUGUUAGACUGGACGAUUUCGUUCUCUGCAAAGUCUAUCAGAAAAGCGGUCCAGGUCCCAGGAUUGGGGAACAGUAUGGCGCUCCAUUAGAGGAAGAGGAAGAGGAAAUGAAUGAUGCAAAUGGGGAAGCUUACUGUUUAUCCCAUUCUUCCGCACCUGGACCAAGCCAUGGUGGUGUGUUGAACUUUGCGGGUCAAUCUGUUAGUGAUGGCGGCAGGGUUUCCUUGAGCCUUUUGUCAGCAAAUAACGGCAAGAGCUCCUCGAGUGGUGUCCGUCCUGACAGGGCUUCUCAUCCGGAUGUUAACUGGGACAGGAUACAUAUACAACAGUUAGCUGAUAUUCUGGGUUUUCUCUCUACGAAUCCUGUAGGCCAAGAUGGUCCACCGUCUGAUUCAACCGCUUACCAUGACACGGAAGCAUUGUUUGACGAUAGUGAAGCUAUAUUUGACAUAGCGGACCAAGUAGUGCCUUCUUCACUGGUUAGCCUCUGCAAGCAGUGUGACUCGUGCGGCGUGCGGCUGGUCGACCCUUUUCUGGAACCGGUGGCAGGAGAACUGUACCUGGAGCUGAAUGACCUGCUGUUGUGUCAUGCCGGCCAUGUUCCACAUGGCAGCAGCCAUGAGGGCCCUCAACACUGGAUAAGACAACGUCCAUUUGUCCAUAGUAGCAGCGCGGCCAGUGGCACCGUAUCUGCAGCAGUUUCUGGGUUGAGGUACCGGUGCACGCUCUCUAGGUUGAUGUAGCAGGUUGGUUGUAUGUACCGGGUAUAACACAAGCAGUCGCUGCCGCAAGACCAGCAAACCAUCGAGGUGCCCUGAAAACUA